UGGUUUUUUUUUGGUUCUUCGUUUUUUCUAUAUGAAUUUUGCAGCUCUGCGUGUGCGUCGUCCAAGGCAGUGGAUCUUGGAGCGUUUGUCUUGCAUUGUUUGAGUAGAGUUUCCUCGUUUCGAGCUCGUCAAAAAGCCCUCUCCACAUCCCCAUCCGGCCAGAUUGAAACUUGUCUUCGUCCUCUUCUCCUUGUUCUUGUUUGUGUUCUUCGCUUCUUCCUCAAGUAGCUUUCUUUCUCUCUACAGUUUUGUUCUUCUGUCCAUCCAGUCUCGAUCUUCCGGAGCUCUGCAUUUCUUCCGAUCCAGACGAUGCAUCGAACAAGACUUUUGCUGGUGUCGACGAUGCUGCUCAUCGCGAUUACUUUCUCGAAAGGUUUUGCUGCUGCUCAAGCGCGAUCUCCUUCCUUGGCAGAUCCAAGCUCGGGAAUCCAAUUCUCCGCGAAGGCGAUUCGACGCCCGAGGAUGAGAUCUCUGCUGAGCGAUCGCGAAAUGCGCAUCGAGGAGGAGGACUACUACAUGGUCGACCCGCCACCGCGGCCGAGAACGCCGGUCAAGAGCGGUCCAAUCAAGUAUGUGGAUCCAGCGCUGGAGAAGCCGAGGAUACCACGAAGAACAAGAACAAGACAGAAUAUUCCCAGGAAUCGAUCUGUUCCCCCGACGCCGUCGCCCGUCUGCCCGUCACCGCCCUGCAGGUCGUGGCCGUCAGCCCGGUCGCCGCCGUGACUGUUGCCGGAAUAUUCUAGACGGCGUCAGCAUAACUACGGUUCUCUCGUUUUUCUUUUUUUUUUUUUUGUUCUUCUAGUUGAUGAUUAUACGACCAACGUAAGGCCGGUGAUGAUUUGCGGAGGAGGUUGUUUCAAUGUACAAAUCGCUGCUUCCCGAGAUUGCUUUUCAGAGAUUUUGUAGUUCUUCCAUGGUUGGCAUGGUUGAAGGAGCGAGAAUAUUUUGCAAUUUCUUUCAAACAUUUUGUUUGUAAUUUUUUUUGAAAUUCUUCUUU